AAUAACUUUUAAAUACUGUUAGAAAUGCCAGAUUAAACAUUUCGAUAGAAAGCGUCGACAUAGGAGCAUAAAGCAGGAAUAAGACUUAUCAUAAAAGACAACAACGGAUUAAUGGAUAUCCAAAAAGUCAAUCCUUUAAAUGUUCGAUUGAACAUGAUCUCAGGUAAUCUUUUACCAAUGACUGCUAAAAAUUUAUCGUUUCCAGUAUUAUGGAGGAUAUAUAGCUUUCUAGUGUGGUCGCUCGCAAUAGUUCAAACAUGCAUAACAAUCCCCGGGUGCAUGUACGUGCCGAAAGAGAAAGCUUUAAAAGAUAGUUUAAUCGCGAUUGUAGUCACAAUAGAGGUGGUUUUCCUGGUUGUACAAAUUCAUGCGCGUAGAGAAUUGAUGCAGCGAUUAAUUCAGAAAUUGAAUAAUCUGUUACGGAUAGAGGACAAGAUGAUGGAAAGUGUAGUAAUGGAGACGCUGAAACCGAUGAUGACUCCCCUUAGAUUUUACUGGAUGGCUGGCAUAGUAUCCAUAAUUAUAUGGAGUGGUGUACCCUUUACGUUAAUUUUUCGAAGAGAUACCUUUUUCUACGUGGAUUUCAGAAUGCCAAUUGCCUACACCAAAGAACCAUUUUCCACCAGUAUUUUUGUGAUUGGAAGUUUUAGCAUUAUGAUCAGUAGCAUGUAUACUUUUACAAGAAAAGUCAGCGUGGAUAGCUACAUGAUAAAUUUGAUAUUGUUAAUAACGGCACAAUAUAAAUAUAUUGCUUUAAAACUUUCGAUGAUAUUUGACGAUGAUAUUUCGCAGACUAAUCACGACAGUUCUAAUAAAAGGAAACAUUAUUCUAAAAAUUAUUAUACGGAAAAACAGAUGAAAUCUUUAUGUCAACAUCAUAACGCUGUUAUUCGCGUAACGUUAAUUUUAAGAAAACUAUUAUCGUUGAAUUUUAGUCUGAUAUACGUUAUUAGCAUUCUUCGGUUUUGCGGUAUCGCUAUCAUGAUGAUUUCAAUACCAUCAACGACUUUAUUGGAAGGAUCUCUAAUCGUUAUGUACGCAUCUGGAGGAAUAGUGCAACUCUACAUAAUAUGUUCUUGUGUACAACAGCUAUUAGAUGCGAGCAUUGAAAUAACGGAUCAAGCAUUUCACGAACAAUGGUAUCGAUUCGGAGCAUCUAUAAAACGAACAUUUAUGUUUAUGGUAAUGGCUAAUAAUUUAGAACUUAAACUCUCAACAUUUGAAAAAUACAAUUUGUCUUUGUCUUCAUUCAUGACAAUCUUAAAUCAAUCAUAUUCAGUCGCAAUUAUACUAUUCAAAACUAGUUAAAAAGAACUAACUAUAUAAAUUUUAGAUACUGCAAGUGUAUGA